AUGUUGUCCAAACCAGCUUCCAGAGUGUUAUCUCAAAAAGCAUUCAUGAGAAACUUUCAAAGCUCUGCUAGAUCUAUGAACAAGAUCUACGGUACUCCAGCAGAAGGUCCAUACUCUAAUCUUCCAUUUAAAGUUCACAACAGAAGAUUCAUUCCAUUUGGUGUUUACUACUGGGGGGUUUUGGGAUUCUUCUUUGCCUUCCCAUUCUUGACUACCUAUUUACACUUGUAUAAAUCUGGUGCUUUAAAUGAAUAA